CAGGAACUGAAAGUGAUACAGGUCUACCUCACCAGACAUAGUCCUCUCACCUGGACCCUAAAGUGGCCUGACUGGCGAUCCAUUACAUCAGUGCCACUUAUUGAUCGGGCUGGUACCGGCAUCCACCUACAGACAGAAACUUCUUCUGGUCAGUUGUCACUAACAGGCUGAUGCUGAUAGGUCGGCAGCCUCAUCAAGAUCUUUUUCUAAAGAGAACACGCUACUUUAUUCCACAUGCAGAAGAAGUCAAACAUUUCCAGCAUUUCUCCAAACUGCACCCUGAAGUGGACAAAGCCUCAUCAUCAUUUUCCAGCAAACAUUAUCUUGUUAUGGAUGGAUGAUGGGCGCAGCAACAUUUCCUAGAAGAGCUGAUGAAUGAUGCAGCAGACAGCUCGGCUGUGAUUGGCUGCCAGCUGCAGGAGCAGGAGGUCACCUGGUGGAGAUAGAAAAGUGUUGUAGACAGAGGCAAGGUAUUAUUUCCUGCUGGAUCUGUGGCUGAAUGAUGAGGCUGCUGCUGCUGCUGGCUGUGGUGUGUGUGCUGACGGCGGCUCAGCGUGGAGGGAGCACUGCGGCGGCUCAGGAGACUCGUGCAACAGCAGUCCUCUCCUCUCUCCGGAGGACCAGAGGCGACCUCCCAUCUGAGGACCUGUGUUUCUCCCUGAGAGAGGACGAGGAGCAGCGUCAGCUCCUCUGCAGCGACCGGUGGAGCAAGUUCAACUACAACCCGUUUGGCCUCCGCUUCGGGAAACGUUACGACUACCUGUACCGGAGAGCCAUUAAAAGCUCCAGGACCCAGAAGCUUUCACCCCUCUUUCUGUCUUCACGGAAGCUGGAGGUGCCCACCUGAGAC